AUGAACACGGAGGCCGAGCAGCAGCUCCUGCACCACGCCCGGAACGGCCACGCCGCCGAGGUGAGGCGGCUGCUGGAGACCGUGGGCAAGAAGGAGGCCGUGGCCGACAUCAACUGCAAAGGAAGAAGCAAGUCUAAUCUGGGCUGGGCCCCGCUCCACCUGGCCUGCUACUUCGGACACAGACAGGUGGUCCAGGACCUGCUGCAGGCGGGAGCGGAGGUGAACGUCCUGAACGACAUGGGCGACACGCCCCUGCACCGAGCGGCCUUCACAGGGAGGAAGGAGUUGGUGAUGCUUCUUUUAGAAUAUAACGCCGAUCCCACCAUUGUCAAUGGGAGUGGACAGAGAGCCAAGGAAGUCACUCACGACAAAGAAAUCAGAAACAUGCUCGAAGCUGUAGAAAGGACUCAGCAAAGAAAGCUUGAAGAGUUACUGUUAGAAGCAGCAAGAGAAGGAAAAACAGCAGAACUCACAGCUCUGCUCAACGGCCCCAACCCCCCGGACAUCAACUGCGCGGACCAGCUGGGGAACACGCCCCUGCACUGCGCGGCCUACCGGGCCCACCGGCACUGCGUGCUGGCGCUGCUCAAGGGCGGGGCGGACCCCAGCCUGCGGAACCGCAACGACCAGAAGCCGCUGCAGCUGGCCCAGGGCGCCGAGGUGAAGCAGCUCCUCGCGGGGAACAAGACCCUGUACCGAGCGCUGAGGCCGUUCGAAGGUCCCCUCUGGAAGAGCUCGCGGUUCUUCGGCUGGAGGCUGUUCUGGGUGGUGCUGGAGCAUGGGGUGCUGUCCUGGUACCGGAAGCAGCCUGACGCCGCGCGUAAGAUUUACCGCCAGGGGUGCAAGCACCUCACGCAAGCCGUGUGCACGGUCAAGCCCAGUGACAGCUGCCUCUUCUCCAUUAAAUGCUUUGACGACACCAUUCACGGCUUCAAGGUCCCUAAGAACAGCCCUCCGCAGGCAAGAGAGGACUGGCUGGAGGCGAUCGAGGAGCACACGGCCUACAGCACGCACUACUGCUCCCAGGACCAGGUGCCGGACGAUGACGAGGAGGAAGAGGAGGCGGGCUCGGCCCGGGCCCUGCAGGUGUCCCUGGAGAAAGCGCAGGCAUGCCGGCAGCGCCUCGAUAGGGAACUCUCCAGCUUUCUCCAGAUGAUGCAGGAGUGUGACGUGGCUAAAGAGAUGCUGCCGUCAUUUCUUCAGAAAGUCGACGUCGUCUCCGAGGCUUCGAGGGAGGCCUGUGCGGCGCUGAGCGACUGCCUCACGCUCUUCGCGAAGCAGGAAGGGGUGAGGAACUGCAGGUUGGCGCAGGAGCAGGAGAAAACCAAGAUCCUGUCCGAGGCCCUGGAGGCGCUGGCCACGGAGCACCAUGAGCUAGAGCAGUCGCUGGUAGCCGGCUCCCCGCCCAGCGCCCUCAGCGAGGAGGAGUUCUACGAUGCGCUGUCAGAUUCCGAGUCCGAGCGGUCCCUGAGCCGGCUGGAGGCGGUGGCCUCGCACUCCCGCGAAGAGGAAGGCCGGCCUCCGGCCCCGGGAGCGCACAGGAUGUCGGAGGACAAGGACUGCGGCGGGGGCGACGCGCUCUCCAACGGCAUCAAGAAGCACAGAACGAGCUUGCCGUCCCCCAUGUUUUCCAGAAACGACUUCAGCAUCUGGAGCAUCCUCCGGAAGUGCAUCGGGAUGGAGCUGUCCAAGAUCACCAUGCCCGUCAUCUUCAACGAGCCCUUGAGCUUCCUGCAGCGACUCAGCGAGUACAUGGAGCACACGUACCUCAUCCAGAAGGCCAGCUCGCUCUCCGACCCUGCCGAGAGGAUGCAGUGUGUGGCCGCGUUCGCCGUGUCCGCAGUGGCCUCGCAGUGGGAGCGCACGGGCAAGCCCUUCAACCCGCUGCUGGGAGAGACGUACGAACUGGUUCGAGAUGACCUUGGUUUCAGACUCAUCUCCGAGCAGGUCAGCCAUCACCCGCCCAUCAGCGCCUUCCAUGCCGAGGGGCUGAACAACGACUUUGUCUUCCACGGCUCCAUCUACCCCAAACUCAAGUUCUGGGGCAAGAGCGUCGAGGCAGAGCCCAAAGGGACCAUCACCCUCGAGCUUCUCCAACACAACGAGGCGUACACGUGGACAAACCCGACCUGCUGUGUGCACAACAUCAUCGUGGGGAAGCUCUGGAUCGAGCAGUACGGCACCAUGGAGAUCACCAACCACAGGACCGGGGACAAAUGUGUGUUGAAUUUCAAGCCAUGUGGCCUUUUUGGGAAGGAAUUACACAAAGUCGAAGGCUACAUUCAAGAUAAAAGCAAAAAGAAGCUCUGUGCCCUCUACGGGAAGUGGACCGAAUGUCUGUAUAGUGUUGAUCCGGCCACGUUCGAUGCCUUCAAAAAAAAUGACAAGAAAAACACUGAAGAGAAGAAGCACAGCAAACAGAUGAGCGCGUCAGAGGAGUCGGACGAGAUGCCGAUGCCGGACUCGGAGAGCGUGUUUGUCAUCCCCGGGAGCGUCCUCCUGUGGCGGAUAGCCCCCCGGCCCCCCAACUCUGCGCAGAUGUACAACUUCACCAGCUUCGCCAUGGUGCUGAACGAAGUGGACAAGGACAUGGAGAGCGUGAUUCCCAAGACGGACUGCCGGCUGCGGCCCGACAUCAGGGCCAUGGAGAACGGGGAGAUCGAUCUCGCCAGUGAAGAGAAGAAACGCCUGGAGGAGAAGCAGAGGGCCGCGCGCAAAAACAGGUCCAGGUCGGAGGAGGACUGGAGGACCAGGUGGUUCCAUCAAGGCCCCAACCCCCACAAUGGGGCACAGGACUGGCUCUACUCCGGCAGCUACUGGGACAGAAACUACUCGAACUUGCCUGAUAUUUAUUAA